GAAGACAUCAGAAACCCACCUUCGUGGCGAGGCUCCAGUCUAGAGAAUUACCAACAUCCAUUCACCCACCAGGAAAAGAAGUGCGAGGUGGCUGCUGCUUCACUUACCCUCACCUCCAUCACUCGCCCACUACGGUAAGACAACGGUUAAGACCUGCGGCAGAGGCGCAGGGCCUGGCUGAGAAGACGAAUCUCUGAGUACCACACCCAAUCUCAUUCAUCGGACUCCAUUUGAAACAUGCAGAAGACCAUCAGCAUCAAGGACAUCAAUGCAGUUGCUGCUGCUCAUGCCAUGGCUGAAGAAAGACGGAAUCAAAGUGGUUUUAGUUCUCUGUCUCAAUCCUCAAGUAUAAAGUCAUCAGUUAAGCCAGUCAUAGAUGGUUCCAUUCUUAAAAGUGACGCAAAACAGAGAUUGGUGAAGGAGCGUCGAGAAGAAAAGAAAAAACAACAAGAUGCCAACAAAGAAACGCAACUGCUUGAAAAAGAAAGAAAGUCCAGGAUCCAGUAUGAAAAACAGAUGGAAGAAAAACAUCGAAAGCUGAAAGAACAGAAAGAAAAGGAUGAACAGCGGAGAAUAUCCGCAGAAGAGAAAAGGAAACAAAAAUUACACGAAGAAAGGGAGAGAUUCAAAGCUGUUGUCUACCGUACACUGGAACGGAGCAACCGUGUUGAUCAUCGUCAAAAAAGAUGGUCAUGGGAAGGCUCUACAGCCGUGAACCCUGAGACUAAAAAUGCUAAUAAACGUUCUGUAUCUUCUGAAAAACUCGAACAAGAGAUUUCCGGUUUACAUAAACAAAUGCCUGUGUCAUCAGCAGGUCUUCAGAAUUCUGUUGCUAAAAAAAAACCAGAAAAGAGAAGUUCAUCUUUGAAUAGAAGAUCUAGCAAACUGCAGUCACCUAUGGAAACAGAAAAAGUUGGAGAGAAACCAGUUCGUCACCAGUAUACCAGUGUUCGAGAGAAUAACUUAAUCAGUCGCCUGCUCAUCCCAACGAAAGCAUCAAUGGCCAGGAGCAAAAGUGCUGUUUCCUUGUCGGUCCCUGGAAAAGAAACCCCAGGCAGUCGUUAUCCUGUACUACAGUAUGUGAACAUGCCCUUGCGUAGCCAUAGCAGUGAUGAAUUGAAGAAUACCAUAGUGCUUCGCAAGUCAGCAAUGGCUGUGCCUCCCCAGGAGAAUGUGGGGGCACUCCCCAAGGCAGAGGGUGAAGCUGUCCACAAGGAGAGAAUGGAGGGGCCCCCCAAGGCGAAGGUGGAAGCACCCCCCAAGGUGAAGGUGGAAGCGUCCCCCAAGGCAGAGGUGGAAGCGCCCUGCAAGGCAGAGGUGGAAGCGCCCCGCAAGGCAGAGGUGGAAGCGCCCCCCAAGGCAGAGGUGGAAGCGCCCCGCAAGGCAGAGGUGGAAGCGCCCCCCAAGGCAGAGGUGGAAGCGCCCCCCAAGGCAGAGGUGGAAGCGCCCCACAAGGCAGAGGUGGAAGCGCCCCACAAGGCAGAGGUGGAAGCGCCCCGUAAGACAGAGGUGGAAGUGCCCUCCAAGGCAGAUGUAGAAGCACCCCCUAAGGUGAAGGUGGAAGCGCCCCCCAAGGUGAGUGCAGGCGUGGAAGUGGCCUCCAACGUGAAUGUGGAAGUGGUCCCUGAGGCGAACGUGGAGGUGGCCCCCGAGGUGAAUGAAGCAACCCCCCAGGCAAGCAUGGAAGGAUCACCUGAAGAGAGCGUGGACGCAUCACUUCAAGCAGGUGUGGAAGCAUUUCCGGAGAGUGUGGAAACGUCACCAGAAGUGAGUGUGGACAUGUCCCUCGAGGGGAGCGUGGACCCAUCCCCCGAGGUGAGCAUGGACUCAUCUCUCGACAUGAGCGCGGAUGCCUCCCCCGAUGUGAGCAUACAGGUGUCAUCCGAAGCCAGCGGGGAGGCCUCUCCCAAGGCCAGUGCUGUGUCAUCCCCCGAGGCUAGUGUGGAAGCCCUCCCCAAAGAGAGCGCGGGAGCGCCCCCUGAAGCGUCCCUGGAGAAACCAGAAAUGGACAAACAGGCCUCCAACCCUAGUACCAAGAAGCGCCCAUCGUCACACAUACCAUGUUAUAAAUGGCCAUCUUCUCCUGCAAGUGGGUGGCGCCCACCCUCUCCCAUCAGUGUUAACAGGCAAAUGCAGAAGAAUCGCCCCCCAUCACCUUCACCUGUCAUGUCGAAACAAUCACAGCCUUCUCUCUGUCAUAAAGGAAUUCCUGUUCCGCGUAACUUACUUGCACAAAAGGUAUUAGGUACUCUUGGAAAGAAAAGAGAAGCCGUUUCUAAAACCACUAGUAGCUCCGAAGCUGUGAGCCAAAAACAGAUAAUCUGUGAAGAUGCUGGUAGUAAAAGCACACCAGGGUCACUAAAUGCUGAGGAGGCUACAAAAAUUUUGGCAGAGAAACGGCGCCUUGCUCGUGAACAAAAAGAAAAAGAAGAAAGACUACAAAAGGAAACAGAGGAAAGGAAAGUGACGGAAAUGACAGAGAAAGAAGUGGAAACCCAAGGAGAAGAGUUCUUAAAACUUGAAGACGGAGAGAGAGAGAAUGAAAUCAAAAAGAAAGAAUGUCCAGAUCCAGAAGACAAGACAGGGCUGCUACAGAAGGGGGACGCCAAAAUAAAAGCCCAGGAGGAGGCCGAUGAACGGAAGAAGGAGCACGAGAGAAUUAUGUUACAGAAUUUGCAGGAGAGAUUAGAAAGAAAAAAGAGAAUUGAGGAAAUUAUGAAGCGGACGAGAAAGACAUAUUCAAAUACCUCACAGGCUGCAGAAGCGCUCAGCGACCGCAUGUACGACGAGGACGAGGCAGAUGACGAAGACGAGUCUGAAAGCGAGAGCGAUGCCUUCGACGACCUGCAGCCAUCAGCCUUUAUAAAUGGCAUGGAUUCAUCCACAAUAUUCAAAACACAUUUUAAAAACACGAAGAAGAACACUCCCAAGCUGGUGUUUUUAGAUGCCACUUCUGGCCAAGUCCAUAGAGAGACAAAAACAUUUUUUAAUGGCGACAUGAAAACCUUCAGACAAAAAAGUGCAAAAGACCCUUUGACUCAGGCGAAGGGUACCAGAUCGUCCAGCAAAAGAAUAAGCAGCUGAGCAGCAAAAACCAGAAAGAUACGUAAACCUCGUGCAGCCCAGAGGAAGAGUCAUCCCCCACUCUGGAUUUCAAUCACUAGCCCCAUUUCCCCAAAUUUUUCUGCCUCUGACUUGAACCUGGCCAAGAAAAUGACCAUCAAAGAAAGAGAGAAAUGUCAGUCACCUUAACACACGUCUCAGAAGAUGCACAUACCAUCUUGGUUCUUGCCCACACCAAAGGUUCUGAGUAAAGGCUUGUUUUUGUCUCUAGAAA